GCUUGCAAGUUGAAGAUGAAGGAGGCUGCUGGCGCGUUGAUAGCCUCCUCGGACUUUGAGAGAGAACUCACAGCCUCCGAUCUCGACCGAGCAACAAGCAAAAUGCCGAAGCAGAUCCAUGAGAUCAAGGAUUUCCUUCUAACUGCAAGAAGGAAGGAUGCUCGCAAUGUCAAAAUCAAGAGGACCAAGGAUGCUGUCAAGUUCAAGGUUCGGUGCUCCAAGUACCUUUACACACUUUGUGUGUUUGAUUCCGAGAAGGCCGACAAGUUGAAGCAAUCUCUUCCUCCAGAUUUGAACGUUCAUGACUUUUGAACAAGGAUUUUGGAGUAGCUGGUCGCGCUAUUCUACCAAGACUCGAUGAAAUGACGAUAUGCAUGUCGUUUCUGUUAAAAAAAAAUUUGCGCGCUAUCCUUAUUGACCCCCCUAACAUUAUUUCCUGGAUCCGCCACUGAACACGAGUACAUCAGUUAGUAAGGUAAGAUGGCAUACGACGUCAUGCAUAGAUAUGUUAUUGAGUAAUUAAAUUGUCCAAUCAAUUUUACAUUUGUCUGUUUUUCAAUGAUGAUCUUCAAGUGAGAAUGAAAAAACGAUUUUGAUUAUAAAAUUUAAUUGAAAGUAGACGAUUUCUAGGUCUAUCCGCAACAAGGAACCUCCAAAUUUUUUUAAUUAAGACGUCAUAUGCAUAAUUAAACAUAAUUAAACGUUCUGAAUCACUUUAUUACAAUUACGCUCGCGUAUUUUUGGUGGGUAAGUAGGGACAAGAAGCUCUUGAUCUUUUUCUCAACGGAAUUGAAUCGGUAGGUAUCCACCACAUCAGCUUCAGACGACGUCGUUUCGCGAUCACGGUGUCUGCUUUUGUGUUUGGAGACAAGGGCAGCUUCCUGAGAGAUCCUCCUAAUCAAUCAUUGUCGACCGUUGGAUUUUCAUCCAACGGUUAUAAUUAUUAUAACUUUAAAAUGAUUAUCUAUUUGUAACCGUUAGAUAAAAAUCUAACGACUCACAAUGGUUGGUCAAAUGAUCCUCUCCAUUAGCUCAGUAAAGGAUCCAAAUCCCUGACGGACGGCGGAAAACUUAUGGAAUCAGUAGGUCCCAACUGAAUCUGUCGGCACUGCUACGAUCUCGACACGUGUUCAUCCAAGACAAAUUAGUCCACUGCACGCUGACUGUCGACGUCCUCUGGGUCCCACCGGACCCUUAUCCUGGAAUCUCACCGUAUCGAAAAACUAGUAGAAAACCGAGAAUACAUUUUUGAAUUUUACUCCCCGAUUCAGAAAUUGAACCACCCAAAAAAAAAAAUU